CAAUAAAAAAAAAAAACACAUUAUAAUAUAAGUUCAGGCUAUAAUGUAGAGAACAUUUUAAUUAAUUUUUGUAGCAAUAGGUGUUUACUUAUAGGACAGCACAGCCAAUGGGGAUGAUGACUAGGUUUGAAUAUAUUGAUUUUUAUGAUACAUUCGGGUAAAUAGGGUCAAUGUUAACUAAUUUAUACAUAAAAAGCAAAGAUUGUCUGGAUAUUUGCAAAAUAAAUGAGAUUAUAAAAUUUCAAAAACUAUUAAAAAAAAAUUAUCGUAAUUAGAUGAAAAUUCAUACAGUUUUAGCUUCCUUACAUUAAAUAUGACAUUUUUUAUUAUGUGAACUAAUAUAAAGAUAAACGCACAAAUAACAAAGAUAUUAGUAAUUUUGUUUGAACGCGCAUACAAAUCUAACGAUCAUUACAUUGCCUAUGACGUCAUUUUUUCGAGCCAUUUUGUAUGGGGCGUUUUUCAGGGAUCCGCGGCAACGCCGCAAAUCUGACUCUUUAAAUCCCUGUAGCUCCGAAAGUAAUGAUCGCAGAUACCCUGUUCCUUUUACAAAAUUGCUUUACUUUUAGUAUACUCUUAAUUUAUAUACAAUUUAAAAAACUGUCAUCAUCCCUAUUGUCGUCCACACCUUUUUUACAGUGACAACAGAUUAUCAAGGUAAAGUCUACAGAGUCAAUAAAAACCGAUAAUAUUGACUUGAUCCAAUGGGAACACCUAGCCAAGAUUGUCGUUCAACAUUAAAUGCCGAUGUCAUUCAACUAUUAAAGGGAGCCGAAAAGGAGAUUUUUGCAGUUACUUCAGAGCGUCAGAAGAACAUAAGGGACUAUACCUUGCACGUUGCUCAGUACCUCCACCAAGUAUGAGCCAUUAAUAUUGGAGUUGAUAGCUAAAAGGUGUGCAGUUCAAAAAUUUGAUGAUUUGAGCGUAUAAUAAUGGAAUGGGAGGGUUCCAAAAUUACAAAAUAACCCUUACAUUUCUGUUAUCGAGCUACAAUUGUGGUUAAUUUUUUACUUAUUUUGAAUGAAAUAAUCUCCUGAAUAGUCGCUCAUAUUUUCUUAUGAUUUCAGUAAGCCAAAGUAAUAAAAUUGUUUUUUAAGUCUGUAGAUUUCUUCCCCACCGCAGAAAGCAAAAAAAGUAUAUAACCAUUUAUUCUUUCUAUCAUCUAAUCUACCAAAUGUAUUUAUAUUCCAAUGACGCUGUAGUAACUCCAAAUUUAGCAUCCCGGGCUCCCUUAAUAUUAGAACAGCUUAUUGAGUCUAGUGAGAACAGUCGGUAAAUUUUACUGCUUUUACAUAAUGGGAAUGCAGUCUGCACAACAGCGGCUGCCCCCCGCGGAGACUGUCGUCCCACGCCCAGGCACAAGCCGCAGCACUGCUGUAGUCCAGAAAAUCUCCGGCGAAAACCUUCCGGCGGAGCCUGCCAAACCAACAUUGGACGCUACAUGCGCAAACACCUCUGGCCAACGUCAGCAACACCCCGUCGCACCCCGGUGUAACAAACACUGGAGAGGGCGGAGCGGUGGUGGGGCUGACGAGGACAGAAACCCCAACCCGUCAAAUAGCCAGCCCAGUCUUAAACGGGGCAGGCUAGAUGACUCCAUUUCACCAAGGGGCCAGACAAAAAGAACCAAGACAAUCGGACAGACCAGAACGAGGGAGAGUUACGCAGGCGCGACCCAACAACAUCUGAGUGUCGCAAUCACCCUCGUUCCUAGGGCUGACAUGACGCAGACAGAGGCGAUGACUCUGCAAGAGCAAAUCCAGGAGGAGGUUUUCGAGGCUUGCCUUAGAGAUCCAAUUCCUGGAGUUCCUCUAACCCAUGCACCCACCUUCUCAGGAAAAGCCUUCCUCAGUGAAGGCGUCCUGAAAAUGUGGUGUGAAGACGACCAAGCCCUUCAAUGGUUGAACGCGGUCUUACCAAGGCUGAAUUCGCCAAGGGAGGGCUUCGAAAUUAAAAUAAUAAACCAGCGCGAAAUCACGAAGAGGGUGAAAGGAGCACUAUACGUGCCCAACUACCGGGGAGAGAUCGGCAAACUCCACAGGAUCCUCCUACGGCAGAACCCGAAGUAUGAUAUCGGCAGCUGGACCCUACAUAAUUUCAAAAGGUCGACAGGGAGACUUCCAGGUGUGUUCCUAAUACUAGGAAUACCCCAGGAAAAGAUCGACACCAUUUUGGACAACGACAGGAGGGUAGCCUAUUCCACUGGGACGAUAUAUCUCAAGUUCUUUGUUGGCGAAGAACUUAGUGAUAUACCGCCCAGUCAAGCUACCUCCACAAAACAGGACAAUACUGAGACAGACGCAGCCGCGAAGACAAUCACACAGACAGUUUGUGAAAAACUACCGGACUCUGUACAGGACGGACAUGACAGCGAUACGGCGUGCCCUGGACCAAGUACCGCUCCCUCAACAAGUGGGAUGAAUUGGGAAGGAACGCGUCCCGAACCAAGCAUCACACCAUCAACAAGUGGGAUGCAAUGGGAAGAGACGCGCCCCGGACCAAGUAUCACACCCACUCUAGAGGGGUUGAAAUGGGAAAGGGCAUCAGGCACAGACGCAACUGAUUCAGACGACGACGACAUGGCGGACUCAGCUCCGCUGUAUACAUUACUGGAGAAAUGUGUCCCCCGGGACGCAUAAACUCCAUCAAUAUCCAUCUUCAGUAAUGUAGACAUAGUACAGGCCAACCUCCAGCAUAAGAUCCUUGCAACGGCUACUCUACGCAAACAACUGGAGGAGGGGGCCCAAACCAUAGUGCUGAUCCAGGAGCCGUGGGUCAGAGGAAACCGCAUAUGUGGUUUUGGCAACUGCAACGGUAAGUUUCUUUAUGACAGUAAACAAACUCCACCGAGAACUUGUAUUUAUAUACCUCGCUGUAUCACAGCGACAAUGCUAACACAAUUCUGUUUCAGAGACAUAACAACAAUAAGAAUACAAAGUGGCAUAGGACAACAAACCGGUGCUAGGACAAGACCACUAGUCUUGGCAUCGUUAUAUCUACCCAUAGAAGAACAUAUACCACCAAAAGAGAUGACGGACCUCAUAAAAUACUGUGAGGACGAAAACACUGACCUCAUAAUUGGAGUAGACAGCAACGCACAUCACACCCUAUGGGGAUGCAACGAAAACAACAAAAGAGGUAUGACAGACAGUCCUCUGUGCAGAGCCUGCAUGGAGGAGGACGAGACACCGCUACACGUUAUGCUCAGUUGCAGAGGCGUAACGGAACAACGAGCAACCUACAUUGGCUCCUCAGCGACACUCCAUGAGGCUAUCGGCGACCUGGGCGGCCUGCUAAGCUUCUGGAGCGAGCUCGGCUGGAUGGAUUAAAUCCAGCGGGAACCUACACCGGAGGGACCCACGCACAACGGCCAAUCAAAUGGCUAAGUGCGGAAACGGCCCAGAAUAAAGAAGAAGAAGAAGAAGAUAAUGGGAAUGCACCCUAAGAAUAAAUGGU